AUGCAGAACUUGAGAAAUUCUGGACCACCUCAGGAAAGACCGGAGGAGGCUGAGGCUGAGGCUGAGGCUGAGGAAGAAGAGCAGCAGGGACCGCAAGCAAAAAAGCAGAAACUCAAGGAGAAGGCAGAGCCUCCUAAACCAGAGCUGGGACCUGUUCAGACGUGGAUGAUCAGCAAGGGGGUUUCAUUGCCUCAGCCGAUAACGUGCUUUGGCGGAUGGAUGAAGGAACAGAGCAGCGGUUAG